UGGCUCGAUCGUGUUUGCCCGUGAGCCGUGCCCCGUCGUCGUCUACCUUCGCCAUGGGUAAAAGCUCGACCACGGCAGUGGUGCGUGUACCGGAAACCAUGUCAUCGAGCAGCUUCAAGGAGCACACGGACACACUCAGUUUGGAGGUGACCGACUACCACGAGAGUAUUUGGGUGACCAUACAAAACCUACAGUUUUUGGCUCUUUACGGUGCCUAGCAGACCGAUCGUAUAUAUAGGAGUCAUUUGAUUAAUUCCAUAUAAUCUGUGCUUCCUUUCCAAGUUACUAUUUACUUGGCUCGAUCGUGUUUGCCCGUGUCCCGUCGUCGUCUAUCUUCGCCAUGGGUAAAAGCUCGACCUCGGUUGGGGUGCGUGUACGGGAGACCAUGUCGUCGAGCCGCUUCACGGAGCGCACCGAGACGCUCAGUUUGGAGGUGCCCGACUACCUUCAGAUCAAGGACAUGGGCCUCGGAGAGUUCGUUACCUCGCGCGUCUUCCCAGUCGGUGGCUACGAGUGGGAGAUCAGGUUCUACCCAGGCGGAAAAGACCGGCACUGCGCCGGCAACGCCUCCGCGUACGUGUUCUGCCGCAGCCAAGUCACGGACGUGAGCACCCGGUUCACGUUGAGCAUGCUGCACACCAAGGGCCAGGUGCAGGUAGCAAGCUUCGACCCGAGGAAGCGCGUCUUCUCGCCAAAAGCAACGAGAUACAAUGAGUGGGGCCACCCCAAAUUCGUAGAGAGGGCCAAGAUGGAAUCGCUGUCGCAGCUCGGGGACGGCUGCUUCACGAUACUGUGCGUCCUCACCGUCGUCAUGGACGAGCCACCGUCUCUGGAGCUGCCCAGCCACCUCGAGCGCAUGCUCGAGGACGGGCGGGGCGCCGACGUGACGUUCAGCGUGGCCAACCAGGAGUUCCGCGCUCACAGUUUUCUCCUGGCGGCGCGAUCGCCGGUCUUUGCGGCGCAGCUAUUUGACCUAAUGGAGGGUGUGCGGCGAGUGGAGAUUGCGGACGUGGAGCCUGCCAUAUUCAAGAUGAUGCUUCAGUACGUCUACACGGAGUCGCUGCCACCGUACGACGACGAAGGCGGAAACAACAUCAGGGUGAUGCAGCAUUUACUAGUGGCAGCAAAUAGGUACGAUCUAGGAAGGUUGAAGCUGGUGUGCGAAGAAGAACUGCGCAAAAGAAUCGACUCAGAGAACAUCGCAACCGUGUCGGCGCUGGCAGAUCAGCAGCAGUGCAAAGGCCUCAAAGUUGCAUGCAUGGACUUCAAAUCGUCACCCAAGUAAUGGCUCAUGUCUUGGCGCGACCGAGUGAUAAGUUUCUUGGAGCACUUCAUCACAAGUGUCUUCACAAGGUUUGCCCGGUUCCGAGCGAUGACGGCGGCACGCCUUCAGCACGCUUUAGUACUUGUAAUCGUCGCUAGGUGGUCACAGAUCUGGAUAUAAUUUUUACUUCUGGUAUUUUCUGUACCG